AUGGCCGUGUCCAGUUUUGUUACUCAGUCCAAUGUAGUUGCAAACGCGCCGCGCGCGUUGCUGCAAUUCACGGAAACGGUGCCGGUAUCCCUGACACAAAUCAUCAAAGGCAUUCGUUCCUCCCAACUUGAAGAGCUCGAGGCGCAUCUGGCGAAAGCAUACAAAAUGGCCAAUUUCGUGGAAGUCUUUCUAGACGCAGAAUCUCGAUGUAACGGCGUUGCGGAUGCUACAACAUCGCACAAUAUUCUCCUCGAACCUGAACAAAGAGGACCUCAGCAUCCUUUGGCUCGGGAACCAACACCGAGGGCAGCAGAUCCAAAGCCGCGCCUUGGCGCGAGUCGGGUUUGGGCAGUUCUUAUUGGGAUCGAUGGAUAUUCGUCCUACCCAUUGCGUGGUUGCGUGACAGAUGCCUUAGCAGUAGAGCAGUACCUUGCGGAAGACCUCCUCGUGCCUCGGGAGCGCAUCCAAAGUCUUCUAGGUCCAGCAAACUGCGUUGGCACACCCACCGAUGCUUCAUCUGUUAUCCCCUCCCGUACAAACAUUAUAUCCAUUCUCCUUAGCCUCAUCACAAACCCAACCAUCGAAUACGGUGAUCCUAUCAUUAUCUUCUUCGCUGGACACGGUUCCCGCUAUUCAUUGUCAGACAAAGACGGGGAAGACGAUCCUGAUUCUGACAAGGAGCACGAUGAGGAAUGCUCUCGCAAAUUCGUUGAGGUGCUUUGUCCCAUGGACCGCAACACCCUCGACGAUAAUGGAGCCCUCAUUCCCGAUAUCAGCGACCGAGAGCUCAACACUAUUCUCUCCGAAAUCUCCCGUACGAAAGGGCAUCGUAUCACGUUCAUUCUAGACUGCUGUCAUGCAGGCAGCAUCACUCGAACAUUGAGUUCAAAGGUGCGGACUGCUCCCCCGCUGGAGCAUGCCUCAGUCAUCGACAUGCUCCUCGCUGGUGAAGAAGACCUCAGAGACCUCUCUGGAUAUCAGUCCAUCUUGGGAGAAGGCUGGCGCCCAGACAUGAAUUCCCAUGUAAUUUUAGCGGCGUGCAGGGGAGGCGAGACUGCAAAAUCGAAGUUGGUAAGGAAGGAGAAGGGCGCAAAAGUGUGGGGUGGUACCUUCACGGGUUCGCUCAUCGGGAUUCUUAAGUCCGGUGUAUUGGGCGAAGAUGCGACGUAUCAGAACCUCAUUGACAAUCUUCCACCGCUCCGUCAUCAGACACCAAUUGUCGCAGGAGGACGGAAGAAUACACGCCUUUGGUACCAGGAUUGA